AUGUCUUCCUCCUUCACUACUGAGCUUUCGGAUCGAAGGACUCAUGUGCCUCAUCUUCUUCUACUCUUUUCCAUUCCAUUUUCCUCCACUUUCAAAGAAAAGCGGAAGGAGAAAUCUCUGGGACUACAAACAAACUUCAAUAAGAAUGAAAUUGGAAAAGGGAUUCGUGGGUUCAGAUGCAAGGUGCAAUUAAGAGGCUGAAGAGCCUUAUAGAUUCAAAGGACAAGUAUCAGUGUCGCCACUAUUGUUGCCCCUGCACCAAAAUUAACAUCUGAAAUUAAUGGAAACACUGUUUAAGGAGAUUAUGGAGGACGAAUGUGGAGCUCCAAGAAAGAACCGAAAAGUUUCGUAAGCAAGCUAAUGCAAUAGCCGACUAUCCUACAGAACCGGGAUGUUCUUCUUAAACGUAACGUCAAUCAUAGUCACAACAGAUGCAGCAAAUGACAUUGUACUUCAUGACACGUGACGGGGUCACCUCAUACAGCCUGACAAAACCUCUAUUUUUGGACAUUAUUGUGUAUGUUAAUCUUGAGAUUGAAGGAGAGACUCGACGAGUUGAGGGACCAACUCGCCGAGUCGAGUCGAGUUGCUCGCGUGGAUUUAAUUAGUGGACUCGACGAGUCAGAGGAGGGACUCGCCGAGUAGGUGCUGGGCAGAGAAACCCUAAUUGUCCGGGUUUGUGACCUAUUUAAAGGCCAUUAUGGCCUUCAUUUGCGGCCACACUUUCCCUUGAGAGACCCUAAUCGAUCCAGAGAGCAUAGAGAGAAAGAGGGACCUAAUUUUCAUCAUCUUGGUGCAUUCUUGCAAGGAAGAAGGAGAGGGUUCAAGCUAAGCUGACUUGAGGGGCUCAGAUCUUCUCCUAUUUCAUUCAAGGCUGCUGUUUAAGGCGGAGGCUAAAUCAGUGUUUCGAGUUCGAGAUCAUCCGAGUUUACCCGAGAGCUUUACAGACCGGACCAGAGGGUCCAACGAUUUAUGAGGCGAGAGGGUCCUCAACCAGACCGGACCGGAGGGUACAACGAGCUAGACCGGACCAGAGGGUCCAACGAGCUAUGGGACUGGAGGGUCCCGCUGAGACACAUUGACCGGAGGGUCUUACAGAGUUUUCUCAGGAUCGCGGGACGGCACCGGCUUGAUUGUACACACCAGAGAAGGAAUUAUGUUUCGAGGAUCCUGAAUUAUUAAUUAAUUAAACAUGGAGUGCGUUUUGAAAAUUUACGUCGUUACAAUUUUAUAACAUAAAAUUCAUAUAUAAUAUUAGGAUAAUUUUUAUACAUAUAAUAUUGAAUAGUUUUAUAACAUAAAACUUAUACAUAUAGUAUUGGCUUCGUUUUUCGUUUUUUAUAUCUUUUACGGG